AAGGGGAAAGAGGUGGAGGGGGCAAGGGCGCAGCCAGAGAAACCAAAGAAGGAAAAGAGCCAGGAGGACAGUGGGGCGGUCAAGCAGCCGCAGAAAGAGAAGAAGGACAAGACCCAGGAGAACAAUGGGGCAGCGGGCAAGGAGCCACAGAAGGAGAAGAAGGAAAAGGCCCAGGAGAACAGUGGAGCAAGCAAGGAGCCACAGAAGGAGAAGAAGGACAAGGCCCAGGAGAACAGUGGAGCAAGCAAGGAGCCACAGAAGGAGAAGAAAGACAAGGCCCAGGAGAACAGUGGAGUAAGCAAGCAGCCGCAGAAAGAGAAGAAGGACAAGGCCCAGGAGAACAGUGGAGCAAGCAAGGAGCCACAGAAGGAGAAGAAGGACAGGGCCCAGGAGAACAGUGGAGCAAGCAAGGAGCCAAAGAAGGAGAAGAAGGACAAGGCCCAGGAGAACAGUGGGGCAACAAGCAAGGAGCCAAAGAAGGAGAAGAAGGACAAGGCCCAGGAGAACAGUGGGGCAACAAGCAAGGAGCCACAGAAGGAGAAGAAGGACAAGACUCAGGAGAACAGUGGGGCAGCAAGCAAGGAGCCACAGAAGAAGAAGGAGCAGACCGAGGAGAACAGUGGGGCAGCAAGCAAGGAGCCACACAAGAAGAAGGACAAGACGGAGGAGAACAGCGGGGCAGCAAGCAAGGAGCCACAGAAGAAGAAGAAGGACAAGACGGAGGAGAACAGUGGGGCAGCAAGCAAGGAGCCACAGAAGGAGAAGAAGGAGAAGACCGAGGAGAACAGUGGGGCAGCAAGCAAGGAGCCACAGAAGGAGAAGAAGGACAAGACUCAGGAGAACAGUGGGGCAGCACAGAAGAAGAAGGACAAGACUCCGGAGAACAGUGGGGAGACCAAGCCGCCACAGAAAGAGAAGAAGAACGAGAGUGAGGAGAACGGGGCAACAAGGGGACGAGAGAAAGAGAAGAAGGAGAGCCCGGGAAGUCAGGUGCCGAAGCGCUUGCGGAGCAAAAGCAAGGAUCCGAGUAGGCAGACGCCUAUUGAGUCUUCGAGUGCGACGAAGAGCAAGAAAGAUAAAAAGGAGAAGAAGGAUAAGAAGGACAAGGACAAGAAGCUGAAGAAGGAAAAGAAGGAAAAGAAGGCUUCCACAGAUGUCAAGGUGGAGAUAGUACCAGCGAGUCGACACCUUCGGGGCUACGCCGGAGAUUGGAAGAUGACUUUCAGGACCAAGCUCCCAGCGAUGCAGGCUCAGCGGCCAGCCCAGGGCACCAGGCGAGUCACGCAACUCAGUGAGGAGGAGAAAGGCAAGAUUUUGGCUAUGGCAAGCAACAAGGAUAUGCCAAGACCAGAGAGGUUUGGGAUGCUGAAAACAUUUAUUGUGCAGCAAUCUGUGGCCAGCAUUGAAGUGGAGGCACCUGACAGCGUGAAGGGCAGGAUGUACAAAGUCCUAAAAGAGGUCGUGGAGGAAAAGCAGACUGGAUCCGAGGGCAAGUCACAGAUGAAGCUUGGCGGGAGGGUGAACGAAGCAAGUGCAAAGAAGUUGCUGGCGAAGCAGCUGGGCGAAUUCGCUGGCAAUUUGGAAUCGAUUGGAUUCUUGGAUGUGAAAACAGGCAGAAUCUCAGGGAAGAAGCAGAAGAAAGCCCUGACUCCCGAGCAGCAAACGUUCAAGGACAUGAAGCUGGCCAGCAACAAGCUUGAGAACCAGAGCAAGACGAUCCCAGCGAAACUCGCGGAAAUCGAGGGCCUCAAGAUUCGCAACUGCACCGAGCUGGUGGCUGCCCUACAUGAUAUGGAAGGCAAGGUGGAGACCGCCCUCAACAAAGCCAAAGACAUGUUGGAGGGCCAGAAGACUUGCCCUGAUGUUGAGGGAUGGACCGACUUCAUGGAACAGCAGCUCACGCCUGUGAUUAAUUUGGCAGAUCAUGAUAUCAAGGAUGCAAGCAAAAGGAUCCAGAACCACAAGAACACUGAGAAGAACAAAAUGAAAGCGAAUGCUGCAACAGCAAAUGAUGAAAACGAGGCCUCCGAUGACGAGCAUGGUGAUGAUGAUGAGGACGAGGAUGAGGAGAGUGGCUCAACAAGUCGUGUUUGUACUUGCUUUUGUUCAUCUGCACACACUCAGGACCUCAACCUGGAGACCACAGUGGCAGAAAGGGUCCAAUCGCGGAUGGAUGGCGAGGAAUUCUUACAUUCCACAAAGGAGAUGAGAAGUACAUUCAAAAGGAUGAUGAACACUGCUGAUUUCAUCCAAUAUGGGUGCAAAGCGAAUCCAUGGGUCCAGCUGCCGGGGUUCCAUCCAUCUAUGGUGGUUUUUGAUUGGCUUCACGUGGUGGAUUUGGCACUCAUUCCCGACAGUGCUGCAUCGUGCCUUAUAGAACUUACAGAAGUCCCUCUGGAGCAGGGAGGGAUAUUCUCUGGUUCUGAUCAAAACGAGCGGCUUCGAGCUGCCUACGUCGACUUCAUUGCCGAGUGCCGCAAGCACAAGAUUAGCCGCCUGCGUGCACGAUUGGGGUUCAUAUGUUCUAAUCACCAGACUCAACUAAUGAUUCAGGAAGCCGAGCGAAAGUUUUCUCGCUGUCUCUCAGCUGAGCAUUAUGUGCUUGGUUGUUUGCUGCUUGCUGCUUGGAACUGA